UUUCACAGUCUCCUGGUUUCUCUGACAGAUCAGAUGAUCUUAUUCCCUCAGUAUGAGAUAGCUAGAGUGGCCAUUCAAUUGCAUGUCCUAGUUCAGCCCAGAUGACGUCUCUGAUUCCUCCUGGGUAUGGAGUCAGAGUAUUUGUAACUCUCUCUGCCUAUGUAAAGAGCCAUAAUUUUUUAAAAAGUGUUUUCUAUUGUAAAAUAUAUAUCACAUAAAAUUUGCCUUUUGAGUAUACGGUUCGGUGGCCUUAAGCACAUUUAUGAUGGUAUGCAGCCAACACAACUAUCCAUUAACAGAACUUUUUUAUCCUCCUAAACUGAAACUCCGUACCCAUUAAACACUGACUUCCCAUUUUCCCCCUGCACCCCGGCCCCUGGAAACCACUAAUCCACUCUCUGUCUGUGUGGAUCUGCCUGUUCGGGACGUUUUGUAUGAAUGGAAUCAUAUAAUAUGUGCUCUUUUGUGUCUGGCUUCUCUCACUGGGCACGAUGUUUUCCAGACUCCCCACAUUAUAGCCUGUGUCAGAGCUUUCUCCGUGGAUGAAUAAGAUUCCCUUGUAUGUAUAUAAUGUAUUUUAUUUAUCCGUCAGUUGAUGGACACUUGUAUCGUUUCCACCUUGCGGCUGUCGUGAAUAACGCUGCUGUGAACAUUAGCGAAUAAGUAUCUGUUGUUCUUUGGGUAAAUGCCUAAGAGCGGAAUUGCUGGAUCAUAUGAAGCCCUGAAAACCCAAAGUACUGAUACAGGUAUCAAGGACAGUCCAUUUUCCCCAGCACACACCCCUCAAGUCACCAGGCUUUCCCCAUGUACCGGGUAUUCAGUCUUUCAGCCAGUGGAGCCUUUCCAUUUGCAGCAAAGAGAAGCUCUGUGGGUGGAGGAAAAAGGAAUUCCCCAAGCCUCCUGUUCAGAUUGGGAGACAAGACUGAAAAUCCAAGAAUCAACUUACAAGAAGGUGGUUUUGGGGGAGGAACCAUCUGGUGGUGUGAAUAUUAUAAGGCUUACCGUAGAAGACUGGGGAUGUGACCAAUUCAAGGAGAACCACGAUGACCCCCGGAGGCUUUUGAGGCAAAUGGCAUCCAUCCAAAUAAAGGCAAUUGCUCAGCAGAAAGCAACUGCAUGGUGUGGAUUUGGGGACAGCGGUAAUCUGAGCUCAGACCUUGUUCUAUCUCAGGGAAGCUCAGUAGGAAAACGUGUCCAUGACAGUGAGCUACAUAUUGAGAGUUUAGCAUCUGAUUCAACCUUAAAGUGCCAUCAGAUGGGACAUGUAGCUCAGAGACCCUGUGAAAGUAAUGAAUGUGGAAAUGCCUACAGCCAAAACAGUCACCUUAUUCAACACGAAAGAACUCAAACAGGGGGGAAAACGUCUGUGUAUGCAGAAAAUGGGAAACCAUUGAAUCAUAAUAUGGCUCUUACUGUACACAACAAAAUUAAUACAGCAGAGAAACCCUUUGAAUGUCACCAGUGCGGGAAGAUGUUUAACCGGAGACAUUCUUUGAGUGAACAUCAGAGAAUUCAUACGGGAGAGAAACCGUAUGAGUGUCAGGAAUGUGGAAGAGCGUUCACACACAGCUCAACCCUUACACGCCAUCUGAGGACUCAUACUGGAGAGAAGCCCUACGCCUGCAGCGAAUGCGGGAAAGCCUUCAACAGGAUUUCAUCUCUGACUCAACAUCAGAGGAUUCACACAGGGGAAAAGCCUUAUAAAUGUGAAGACUGUGGAAAAUCCUUCUGCCAGAGCUCUUACCUGAUUUUGCACAAGAGAACGCACACUGGCGAGAAGCCCUAUGAAUGUAACGAAUGUGGAAAAGCCUUCAGUGAUCGUUCCUCUCUCAACCAGCACGAGCGAACUCACACUGGGGAGAACCCCUAUGAGUGUAACCAGUGUAGAAGAGCCUUCAGCCAGAGGUCUUCCCUUGUAAGGCAUGAGAGAACUCACACUGGAGAGAAACCUUAUAGCUGUAAUGAAUGUGGGAAAGCCUUCAGCCAGAGCUCUUCCCUUAUCACACAUCAGAAAACUCACACUAGCCAGAAAACCUAUAAAAUAAUAGACUGUGCGAAAGCAUUCUAUCAGAGCAGCCACCUUAUUGGAUUUUAGUAAUUGCGUGCUGCCUCGUAAAACACCUCUUAGCACUCUGACAUAUAAACCUGGUUAGACUUUGCUCUGGGAUAAUGUACUAUUUGACAGGAAGUAGGUUCGUGUCACAUUCUUGAAAGACAGCUGAGGUAUAGAACUGAGGAGCCUUGUAAUGGGAGAAAUCACCAUUAAGCAAUACCCAGUGAGCUCCACCCUCUUAGAAAAGGUUGGCCAAUGGGAAUGCUAACAUGGAAUGGGAUUUUGCUGAAAACUAUCACAUGUUAAUUUAGUUGCUGAAACAAAAGAUAUUCUGUUUUAACUUUCAACUUAUUAAUUCAACAUUCAAUAUAUUGUUUCAAUAUUUUACUUAGUCAUUCCACCCCUGUUGGUCACUUAGCUAGUUCUUAAUUUUUCUCAUGCACUACUAUGGCAAAGCAGAGUGUGUGCUAAGAUGACAAGUGCUUUGGAUGUGAAAUAAUAAAAUAAUAAAGGAUGCAAAAUAGUGUGUGCAA